AUGGAAACUGUACACCUAGGUCUUCCAGUUGAACGCAUCGAUGGUGCAUGUGAAUUUGAAAUUAAUGAUCUUAAAUGCAAUAUUUGUAAGAAUGUUCUUUGGCAACCAAUCGCGUGUAAGAAUUGUGAAAUAGCCUUUUGUUCAACUUGUAUUAAUCAAUGGCUUGCAGAAAACUCGGGAAUAUGUCGAAAUGAUUGUCGAGAAUUUGUUCAACGACAAUGUCCUCGAUUAAUUGUACAACAGCUUUCUCGUUUGCAUUUCAAAUGUGAAAAUUCACCACACGGUUGUGAACAGGUCGUUCCAUAUGACGACCUCGAAAAGCAUGAAUUGGAGUGUCAGUAUAAACCACUAGAGUGUCGUGGUUGUCAUGCAACAGUAUUGAAAAUGAAUUAUACUGAGCAUGACAAUAGUUGUGAAGAGAUCCAGUUGAUAUGCCCAGAAUGUAAUAUGACCUACAAGAGAGGUGAAGCUGCUACUGUACACACAGAAAUUAUAUGUCUCAAAGAACAACUUCGACAGCUCCGAAAAGACUUUGAAGGUAAUAAACAGCAAACAGGUGAACAAAUUCAACAGGUAACUGAAAAAAUGCAACAAUUACCUGAAGCCAUUCAACAACUUCAACAAACAUCUGAAACUAACAAACAACAAGCAAGUGAAGAGAUUCAACGCAUACAACAAUCAUUCGAAGUCUAUAAACAACAAACAGGCGAUGAAAUUCAUCAGAUUCAACAAACAUUUCAAACAAAUAAAGAAAAAUCGAACAAUGGAGUUGAACAUGUCAUCAAAAGACUUGAACGUGAGUAA